AUGCCACAGUGUGAACAACGGGGUAAGGAUGUUAUUUGCUUCGCUUCAAAAGAAGAACUAGCAACACCUAGUACUGUCUCCUUACCACCACCGGAACAACCAGCUGGAUUAAUAUUAGAAAAUGGUGAAAUAAAUUGGAACUGUCCAUGUUUAGGCGGCAUGGCAACUGGCCCGUGUGGAGUAGAAUUUCGAUCAGCAUUCUCAUGUUUUCAUUACAGUGAGAAUGAACCGAAGGGUGCCGAAUGUUUGGAAGCAUUUCAAGCUAUGCAAGAUUGUAUGAAACAAUAUCCGACAUUGUAUAAACAGUCUGAUGAUGAAGAUGACAUACCUGAGAUACCAGGCAUAAAUGAAUCGCCUGAAGUUGAAUUGCUUGAUUCCGAACAUCAUAAUAUAUCUGAAAAGAAUAUUCAGCAAAUGGAUCAGAAAACUGUAGAAAAAACAAAACAAUAAUUGCCAUCAAUUAUGCUUUGAAAAUUUUGU